CCGCCGGAUCCCCCCGCUCCGCCCCGCCGCGCGAUCCCGUUCGAAACUUCGAUCCCGUGAAGGCGCGGGAAGCCAAAGUAAGUGUGUGUGUGUGUGUGUGUGUGCGGGAGCACGAACCCUAGGGCAGGCAGCGGCGUCGGUGUCGGUUGCAAUGGCGGCAGCGGCGGGGGGCGCGGGGGACGGCGACCAGAGGUGGCUGGUGGAGUGCCUGACGGCCACGCUCGACACCGCCCGCGACGUCCGUGCCUACGCCGAGGAGUCGCUCCGCCAGGCCUCCCUGCUCCCCGGAUACGGAGCUGCCCUCACAAAAGUCACAACCAACACGGAGAUCCCAUUUGGGUUACGUCAGCUUGCUGCUGUCUUGCUAAAGCAGUUCAUCAAACAGCAUUGGCAGGAAGAUGAAGAUAAUUUCGUGCCUCCGGUUGUUUCUGCCUCAGAAAAGGUGGUUAUACGGCAACUCCUCCUUACGUCAUUGGAUGAUUCUCACGGGAAGAUUCGUACCGCUAUUGGCAUGGCUGUAGCAGCUAUUGGGCAGCAAGAUUGGCCUGAAGACUGGCCUGAGUUACUUCCCUAUCUCUUAAAGUUAAUUGCUGAUCAAAGCAAUGGUUGUGGAGUUCGUGGAGCAUUAAGAUGUCUAGCUCUUUUAUCGGAUGAUUUGGAUGAUACAUGCAUUCCGAAAUUGGUGCCAGAACUUUUCCCUUCAUUGUUCAGUAUAAUAUCAUCUUCUCAUCUGUACGAAAACUCUCUUUGUGCAAAGGCCCUUGCAAUAGUCCAUUCAUGCAUCUCCAUGCUUGGAUCAAUGAGCGGUGUUUAUAAGAGAGAAACAAUCUGUUUGAUGAAUUCGAUGCUUGACCCACUCAUGGAGCAAUUCUCUAUAAUUUUAAAUUCACCGAUGCAGUCCCAUAAUCCUGAUGGCUGGAGCAUGCAGAUGGAGGUGCUGAAAUGUUUACUUCAGCUUGUCCAGAACUUUCCUAAGCUACCUGAAGCCAAAAUCUCUGCUGUUCUUGUCCCAUUAUGGCAGACCUUUGUCUCAUCUUUCAAGGUCUAUCAAUUGUCAAUGAUUCAAUUUUCAGAGGAUGUGGAUUCUGUUGGUUAUGAUUCUGAUGGUAGUGAAAGAAGUCUGGAGUCUUUUGGUAUUCAGUUAUUUGAGCUAUGGACAUCACUUGUGGGGAAUUCACGGUUAGCAAAGGUCAUUGCUGGAAACAUUAAGGAGCUAGCAUAUUAUACUAUAGCUUAUCAGCAGAUAACUGAAGAACAGUUGCAAAACUGGUCACGUGAUGCUAACCAGUACGUUGCUGAUGAGGACGAUGUGACUUAUAGCUGUCGUGUGUCUGGAUCUCUUUUGUUGGAAGAGAUAGUUACUGCUUAUGAUGAAUAUGGAAUUGAGGCAGUUUUGGAGGCUUCACAGAUGCGUUUUCGUGAAUCACGUGAACUAAAGAAAGCGGGUUCUACUGACUGGUGGAGACUGCAUGAAGCAUCGUUUUUCGCUCUAGGUUCACUUUCAGAACAGCUCUGUGAAGCACAGGAUUCUGGUUACAACGUGCGAGAUUUACUUGAGCAGAUGGUAACUGAAACUGUGGGAACAGAGGUGCACCAAUACCCGUUUCUUCAUGCACGUGCAUUCUCCAUCCUGUCUAAGUUUUCUUCAGUGAUAAGUAAGGGAAUCUGUGAACAAUAUCUAUGCAGUGCAGCUCAUGCAAUUGCCUCAGAUGUGCCUCCCCCAGUUAAAGUUGGUGCUUGUAGGGCACUGGCCCAACUUUUGCCAGAAUCGAACCAGAGCUUGGAUGUGCCCAAUAUUAUGGGCAUACUCUCAUGUCUUGUUGAUCUUCUGGGGAAGGCAUCUGAUGAAACACUGCAUCUUGUUCUAGAAACCAUCCAAUCAGCCAUCAAAUCUUGUGGUGAACAGUCAACAUUAAUUGAGCCAGUGAUCUCUCCUAUCAUCCUAGAUAUCUGGGCCCAACACAUUGCUGAUCCAUUCAUCAGUAUCGAUGCUGUGGAAGUGCUAGAGGCCAUCAAGAAUGCUCCUGGAUGCUUAGAACCACUCGUAUCAAGGAUCCUGCCAACAAUUGGGUCCAUUUUAGAAAAAUCCAAGAUCCAGCAGGAGGGACUUGUUGCAGGUUCACUGGACCUAUUGACAAUGAUACUGAAAAAUGCUCCAUCGGCUGUGGUUAAGGCAGUUUUUGAUACAUGUUUUACAUCUAUUAUUCAAAUUGUUCUUGAAAGUGAUGACCAUGGAGAGAUGCAGAAUGCGACAGAAUGUUUGGCAGCAUUUAUAUCAGGUGGACGGCAAGAGUUGCUUCUUUGGGGUGGUGGACAAGGACAUACACUGAAGAUGCUACUUGAUGCAGCUUCAAGGCUUUUAGAUCCAGUGUUGGAAAGUUCAGUAUCACUAUUUGUCGGGAGUUAUAUUUUACAACUUAUUAUACAUCUGCCUUCAGAACUAUCUCCCCACUUUCCUGAGCUUACUGCUGCUAUUGUGAGACGUAUGCAAUCCAGCAGCAUUACUGGAUUGAAGAGCUCUCUUGUUGUUAUAAUAGCCAGACUUGUACAUCUGAGUGCACCAAAUGUUGAUCAGUUUAUCAACCUCUUACUUGCAAUUCCUGCCCAGGGGUACAACAAUUCAUUUGCUUAUAUUAUGUCGGAAUGGUCACAAAUACAAGGUGAAAUUCAGGGAGCCUAUCAGAUAAAGGUUACAACCACAGCAUUAGCUCUUCUCAUAUCUACUCGUCAUCCUGAGCUAUCUAGGAUUGAAGUCCAAGGGAAUAUUAUUAAGACUAGUGCAGGUAUAACCACACGGUCAAAAGCUCGGGUGGCUCCUGAUCAGUGGACCAAGAUUCCACUCCCAGCUAAGAUCUUCUCACUGUUAGCAGAUACUUUAGCUGAAAUCCAGGAACAAGUUGUUGGUGAUGAAGAUAAUGACUAUGAAGAGGAUAGUGACUGGGAAGAGAUUCAGAAUGGUGAUCCCAGUAUUGCACAUGAUAUGAUAUACUCAGCAUCAGUUCCUUCCAAUGCAAACCCAUCAGUUGAGCAUCUAAAUGCAAUGGCAAAAGUUUUUGAUGAGGAUGACGACGGAAGUUAUGAUGAUGACCUGGCAAAAGCUGACUCUCUUAAUGAGGUGAAGCUAUCGGACUUUCUAACAAACAUCUUUAUCAAACUGUGGGAGAGUGAUCGACCGCUUUUUGAAUAUCUUUGCCAGGCCCUAACAGAUUCACAGAGGACUGCUGUGGACAAAAUUUUGAGGAAGUAAAGCGCAUACAUGUUUGAGAUAUCUGGAUUGUUCCUUAUUUUCCACAUUAGCUAUUAUGAGCUUUGAUGCUUAGUAUAAAUUUGUUCAUUAUGAGAUUUGUGUGCAAUGUGAGCCUGGUCCUAGAAAGCUCGAGUUGGCGGGGCGGUGUGGUUUUGUUAGUAUAGGUUUAUGUACCCAAAUUAGUAUAGAUCACAAAGUGAACCAACUUAGAACAUUCACAAAUCUGUCAUCCGUGUGUUCAUUUGACUUGUCGGGUGGUGGAUUAUUCAUUGUAACCGUAUGUCCUUUUGUGAAAGAAGCCCGAAUGUUGUUUCGCAACGGUAGACCUUUUUCAGUGUUUUCACGUCA